AUAUUAUUAGCUGUGAUGGUUUGCAUUCAAGACGAGCUUGUCAGAAAAUUGUUCCCUCUGCAAAGGGUGCCUCUGGGCCUGCGGCAAGGAAGGGCAGGUAUAAAAGGCAGCCCCAGUCCCUGCUCUCUCAUCCACUUCUCUUGCCUCCUUCUCCUUGGCAACCAGGUGCACCUCCACCCUCGAGACAUGUCCUGCUCCGACCAGUGCCUGCCAUGCCGGCCCUGCGGCCCGACCCCGCUGGCCAACAGCUGCAAUGAGCCCUGUGUCAGGCAGUGCCAGAGCUCCACUGUCGCCAUCCAGCCCUCCCCCGUGGUGGUGACCCUGCCCGGCCCCAUCCUCAGCUCCUUCCCACAGAACACCGUUGUGGGCUCCUCCACCUCCGCCGCCGUUGGCAGCAUCCUCAGCUGUGACGGAGUCCCCAUCAACUCGGGGGGCUUUGACCUCUCCUGCAUCACCAGCCGCUACUGCGGCAGAAGGUGCCCCCCCUGCUAAAGCUGCUGGCAGCGUCCUUGGGCACGACCCUUUGAGACCUCAGAACAUGCUGCUGGAAUAGAGAGCCAAUGGCCUUGCAUUAAGGUCUUUAGGACAUUGUUUCCUUCUUGCACUCUCUUCUCUCUCUCCUUUGCUGUCACUGUCUCCCAAAGCCUGCCUAGCAGGGACCUAUUGGCCUCCCUCCUUUUGUGGGAUAGUCAGAGACAUUCCGCAGAAGUUCCAACACACCGUGUUGGCUGCUAUUGGGUUUGCCGUUGGGAUAAUUCCUUUCUUUCUUUAGACUCAUUAAAGUCGUGCUGCAUCGAA